AUGGAUGGCCUCUGCAACAGAAUCGCUUUUCACAAGCCGGCUAGAAAGAGGCCCCUGUCUACGAACGCUAAACCUGGGAGCUGGGACUCUGUACGCGACUCAAGAGAACGUGAGACAAAAGUGAGGAACCCGGAAGACCUUUCUGCCGAAACCAUGUCUAAGGAUGUCGGGAACGUGGUGGAAGCCAUGUAUGGAGACCUGUCUCCUCCCAUCAUGCUGAUUGGACACAGUAUGGGCGGGGCCAUUGCUGUGCACACGGCGGCAGCCAACGCGGUGCCCAGUUUGCUGGGCUUGUGCAUGAUCGACGUGGUGGAAGGCACGGCCAUGGACGCCCUGAACAGCAUGCAGAACUUCCUUCGGAGUCGCCCGAAGACUUUCAAGUCCCUCGAGAAUGCCAUCGAGUGGAGUGUGAAAAGCGGACAGAUCCGGAAUCUGGAGUCCGCCCGAGUUUCGAUGGUCGGCCAAAAUUAGUGUGAAGGAGACGCGAGCCCUGGAGGUCCCAAAGCCAUAGUGGAGGGGAUUAUCGAAGAGGAUGAGGAAGAGGAUGAAAAUGAGGACGGAGAGUCUGUGAACAAAAGGAAGAAAGACGACGACACAGAGACCAAGAAAGAUCAGGUGUACACGUGGCGGAUCGAGCUCGCCCGGACAGAGAAGUACUGGGACGGCUGGUUCCGGGGGCUCUCCAACCUCUUCCUCAACUGCCCCGUUCCCAAGCUGCUGCUCUUGGCCGGCAAAUUCCAGAUGCAAGUUCUCCCGCAGUGUGGCCACGCGGUUCACGAGGAUGCGCCCGAUAAAUUUGAGGCCAGACCCCCUUGCUGGGGGAGAGGCAGGAAGGGGGUUAAUCGGUCGGGACUCUGGUCUGGGGGAAACCGAGGCGGCUUUUGCACAAAGAGCCUUCGAGGGGGGCUCAGUCCGGAAUGGCACCAACAGCACAGUCGCCCAGCAAAACACCAAGAAACCCCCUCAAGAUGUGAGGGGGAAGGAGCACCCCCACAAAAGGAGAAGGGUCCCAAGUCCUUUUCCACCUGUUUGGCUACGGCGGGAUUUGAAUUCGGCCCAGGCCCAGGCCUGCCCCCGGAAGCCCAUGGCGAGGAGAAAGGCGGCCGCAGAAGGGGGCCAAACGUCCUGCAGGGACAUGCCCUGAAUCCAAUCCUGAUCCACACCCCACCGGUGUCCCGGCGCCAGGUCAAAGCCACGUUUCUGGACCGUGAAAACCACGACAGGAGACCAGAGAAGAUCCCCUCUACCCAUCAGCACGGCGGACAGGCAGGGAGCUAG